GGGAAGGGGCGGGACUGAGUGGCGAGCGGUGUGCUUCUUGCUGUACGUGCCGCGAUUGUUUUCGGCAUGGAGGAAAUUUAUGCUAAGUUUGUGUCACAGAAAAUCAGCAAGACUCGCUGGCGACCGCUGCCUCCGGGGAGCCUACAGACCGCAGAGACCUUCGCCACGGGUUCCUGGGACAAUGAGGAAAAUUAUGUCUCACUGUGGUCUAUUGGAGAUUUUGGGAACUUGGACUCUGAUGGAGGGUUUGAAGGAGACCAUCAGUUAUUGUGUGAUAUCAGACACCAUGGUGAUGUAAUGGAUUUACAAUUUUUUGACCAGGAAAGAAUUGUAGCUGCCUCAUCAACAGGAUGUGUAACAGUUUUCCUUCACCAUCCAAAUAACCAGACUCUGUCAGUCAGCCAGCAGUGGACAGCAGCUCACUACCACACGGGCCCGGGCAGCCCUUCCUGUAGCAGUGCACCAUGCACGGGUGUUGUGUGUAGCAACCCAGAAAUUGUCACAGUUGGAGAAGAUGGUCGAAUAAAUCUCUUCAGAGCUGAUCACAAGGAAGCUGUAAGAACUAUAGACAAUGCAGAUAGCAGUACCCUCCAUGCUGUAACCUUCCUUCGAACACCUGAGAUUCUUACAGUAAAUUCCAUUGGACAGUUAAAAAUAUGGGAUUUCAGACAACAAGGAAAUGAGCCCUCUCAGAUAUUAUCACUGACUGGUGACAGAGUGCCCCUCCACUGUGUUGAUAGACAUCCCAACCAGCAGCAUGUUGUAGCUACCGGUGGCCAGGAUGGAAUGUUGAGUAUUUGGGAUGUUAGACAAGGUACAAUGCCUGUGUCCCUCUUGAAGGCUCAUGAAGCUGAAAUGUGGGAAGUUCACUUUCACCCAUCCAAUCCAGAUCAUCUAUUUACUUGUUCUGAAGAUGGAUCUCUCUGGCAUUGGGAUGCCUCCACAGAUGGACCUGAGAGAUCAUCACUCUUUCACCAAGGAGGAAGAAAUAGUACUUUUUUGUCUCACAGCAUUAGUAACCAGGCUAAUGUUCACCAAUCUCUGAUAAGCUCCUGGCUCAGCACUGAUCCUGCCAAAGACCGUAUUGAAAUCACAAGCUUGCUUCCCAACAGGACUUUGUCUGUGAACAGUUUGGAUGUUUUAGGUCCUUGUCUUGUUUGUGGAACCGAUGCAGAAGCAAUUUAUGUUACUAGACAGCUUUUUUCAUGAAAAUACUAUAAGAUUUCAUGUAAAACAUACAGUUGGAACCUUUUAAAUUCCAGCUUCUAUGCAAAUUUUUAUUAUUGGAAAAUGUGAAAUUUGCAGGGGAAGCAUCCGUAAACUGUUGUUAAUGUCGAUGCCCAGUUUUGGCUUUUGUUAACUGAAUCCUGCUCUAACAGUCGCUAGAGUCUGAUUGAUGACUGAUGGCAAAAUAAUUGGAAUGUAUGGAAGAACAUCAGAGAAAUCCUUGUGGUCAUAAAUGUACUGCCUUCAAACAGACAAUUCUGGACAGCUUAUGGAAUCAGCUCUUCAUUUUUUGAUGUUGUAGGGCUUAAUAAUGUCAUACAAUUUAAUAAUAAUGCUACCAAGGAGUUCCUAGCCUUUUUAUAAACAGUAUAUGGGGCAUAUCGCUCCCUGGUGGCAUUAGCCAAUGUUAGUAUUUAUUCUUUUUACUGCAAGUAUUUUCUUCAAUUCUUCCACAUUUUAUUUCAUUAAUAAUUUCAAUACACUUUUUCCAGAAAGAAUUGUGUAAAGCAAAAUUGACAAAUUUUUGUAGUGUUCAAAUUUUUUUAAAGGUGAAAAUGUUUUGACAGAUUCUCUUAGAAUGGAUUUGAACAGAACUCUGUCAACUUUAUUUUUAUUAAAAAUAAAGACCCAACUUUAUUUUUAUUAAAAAGAAAAAAGACAAAUACAUUUUUUUCUAAGGAUUUUUGCUCUUAUUUGAUUUUACAACAUAGUUGAAAAUUGCUGAACUGGAUAUUGUACAAUAAAAUAGAACUUGACAUUGAUAAGUGAGCCAACUUUCGAACUUAAAUUUAGCAGGUAACUGGUAUGAUGAUGCAGUAAGAGUAAAGAGUUUUGCCAUCUUUAUCCUUAUCCAAAAUGUUAAUGAUGACCUAACAUGUAGUGUUUUAAGAUAAUUUUAUGAUACUGCCUCUCUAAAGUUUGUUAGAUUAAAUGCAUUAUUGAAUUGAUAAGACCUUAAUGACAAAUCACUCGUAUUACACAAUUGAAGUGUAUGUCUAUUUACUUUACAAUUCCAAUAAUAGUAAUUUUCAAGUUUUGUUUUUCUGCCCCAAUAAGUAUUUUCAAUUUUUUUAUGCCACCUUACCUCAGGGUUUUUUGAGUUUUGUUUUUUUGUUAACAUUUUAAAAUGGAGUACAUAUACACAUCUGCUGUAUACAUUUGGCUCAAAAAUAUUUGAUUAAAGAUAAUUAGUAUCUUUGAGUUUCAAAGAAUUCGAGAAGGAAAGAAAAUAUUGAUAAUAGGAAUAUGUAAUUUAUUUAUAGUUUUAUUGCUGGGACUAAUUUUUAAACUUCCUGUUAUUACAAAAAGUCAUUCAUUACAGAAAAAAACAAUCAAAAGAAAAAUUUAAGUACUUAUAAUCUCAAACAGAGAUAAUUUGUUUCAUACCCUUUUCUGUCCAUCAAUGUAUAUAAUUUUUUAAUGCAGUAUACCAUACAUGUUAUAUUUGUGGAUGCACAUUCUUUAGCAGUAAACACAUGGAUUCAAUAAUAAAAAUAUAGCUAAGAAUUUUCCUUUGACUUUAUAUUUCCCUUUGUAUGAAUGUCUUGCUGCAGUGUCCCUCUCUUCACCCAGUACAGGACCCCUCCCAUUCUAUGCAAGAGGCUAACAUCCUUGCUUUGAGUGGGCCCAAAGCUGAUCUCACUCCUGGAAGACCCUAGUUCCCAGGUGGCACAUUUUCCAUGUUCAGUGAAUGGCAAACUUGUGCCUCCGCUGUGAUCCGUUAUUAUUUGUUGCUGAAAAGUUUAAAGGUUUCACCUUCUCAGCACCCUCUUCAGUUUCCAGCAGCGAUGUAUACAAUUUCCCUUGAUCCUUUUAGUAAAUAAUUGGUAGACAGAGGAAACCAGCCAUAUAGGCUUAGAAUACUAACUUGGACUGGAAACAAGUUUUAAGUUUAAAGCUUUGCUUUGCUUUAAGCGUAUUUGUAACAGUAAAUAAGAGACAGUACAUUUGAAUAGUGUUACAUUUUCAAUCAGUUGAUGAGUUUUGCUAGAUUUAAUAAGAAACAUAAGCUUUAUAUAGUAUAAAUAAAACCCUAAUAUAUGAAUUUGUUCAUUGUCACUUACUGCCUUUAUUCAUGAAACUAUCAACUAGAGUUUUUUGAGGGCUGUAGGAACUCAGAGGUGGAAGAUAGCUCAGAGGGCAUCCCAACCUAAAUUUAAUCAUCACUUCCACAGCAUUCCCAGCCAAUUAUCCAACUCUACUUGAAAAUGUACCAUGAUCAAGUUUCCCAUUUCCCAACGCAGCCUCCACAUUUGGACAGCUCUGAUAAAGCAUUAUGGCAGGGUUUUCAUGUGUGAGUGGUAUCCCAAACAAUUCUAUAAAAAAGGGUAGAAUCAUGUUAUUGUGGGUUAAUGAAAUGAUCAUGGGAACCUACUAUAAGACAGAACCAAUCACCAGUCAAUUUAAAUUUGCAUUAUGUUGGGGUCUUUUACUAUAAGAUUUCACUAAAUAAAUGAAUGUUCACGUAAACUGAAA